ACAUCUCAAAAUGUCAUUUAAUACUUUAUUAGUCUGUGUUACUGCUUGUUUAUUACAGAAUGCCAUUUGCCAGACUGUGCUCUCGCUAAAUAACUGCGGGUGCCAGCAGCAACCCCAAGCCCUCAACCUUGGCAACUUAGGCCUCGCGAUCGGCAACCCCAGCCUCUCGAUUAGUAACCCCGGCCUCUCGUCUUGCAACUCUGGGGGCCUCUCGCUUGGAAACACUGGCGGCCUCUCGCUUGGAAACGCUGGGGGCCUCUCGCUUGGCAACGCUGGCAAUGGGAUCAACCUUGGAGGCCUCAGUUCUCAGAAUUUGGUACUUGGCAAUUUGCCGGUUAACAAUUGCAAUAAUGUUGUUCAGAGCACCAGCCAGCAAUGUGGCUACGGCGACGUCGCCAUAGUAGGCGAGCUGCCAGUGCAGGGGCCGACGGCCGUGUGUGGUAACGUUCCAGUCAUUGGCUACGUGGUGUUCGAGGGGGACGUGCCAGCUGGUGGCUUGGUCUCCGUUGUGGAUCCUUGCGGUUGCCAAUGCAAUAAUAAUGUGCAAUAA